UGCACCAACUGAAAGAGUAAACUUUGGAACAACGCAUUUGCUUUCAGCAUCUUCUUAGUGUGGAAAUAUUUAUAUAUACAUCUUUAAGGAUGAUUAUUUGUGUGACCCUACUUACUCUCUACAGCUUUAUGAAAUCUCAAUCAGAGGGAUUAAAGUUGUUUGGUCCAGAAACUUCUCUUACUGCUGUAGCUGGUCAAGAUCUGGUUCUGCCCUGUUUUAUCAAACCAAACAUCAGUGCUGUGGACAUGACAGUCAAAUGGUUGAGACUAAAGGAUGCAGCUUCAUUAGUGCAUCUCUAUAAGGAUCAUGAAAACAGAAUUGAAAAUCAAGCUCAGUCCUACAGAGGAAGAACAUCACUAGAUAUAAAGGAGCUACAGAAAGGCAACGCUUCACUCAAACUAUCAGCUCUCAGAGUCUCAGAUGAGGGAAGAUAUAAAUGUCUCCUUGAGGACAAAUUCUGGUAUGAUGACAUCACUGUUCAAAUCAUUGUUGAGGCUCGGGGAGGCCACCCAGUGAUCACAUUGGAGAGUUAUGACAACUCAGGAGGGAUUAAUCUAGUGUGUGAGUCCAGAGGCUGGAACCCUGAACCUAAGGUCCUAUGGCUGGACAGAGAACGAUCCCCUCUGCCUGCUAAGGAUACACAGAUACACAGAGAUGCUGAGGGCUUCAGUGUGAAAUGUUGCAUUAUUGUUUAUGAUCAUAGCAACUCUAACAGAUUUUACUGCAGACUUCUACAACAACAUCACAUGAUUGAAGCAGAAGUCAUCAUAAGCAGGAACAUCUUUAAUGUUUGGAAGUGGGUUGUUGGCAUUUCAAUUACAGCAGGUCUUAUUGGUCUUGGAAUCAUAUUGAUGGGGGUUAUCUAUCACAAGAAAGUCUCAAAGCUACAAAAGCAGACGUUAAAAGCAGACUUUAUAAGGAAGAAAAGGUUUUCAGUGGAUGUGACUCUGGAUCCUGAUACAGCUUAUCCUCGACUCAGAGUGUCUGCUAAUGAAAAAGCAGUGACAUAUGAGGAUAUAGAGCAGGAGAAUCUCUCUGACACACCACAGAGAUAUACUUAUUAUCCCUGUGUUCUAGGAAAGCAGAGGUUCUUCUCAGGAAGAUUUUAUUAUGAGGUGGAGGUCAGAGGAAAAACUGAGUGGACAUUAGGAGUUGUGAGGGAAAACAUUUACAGAAAAGAGUGGAUUCCGUGGAAACCUCUAAAUGGAUUCUGGCUGGUGGAACUGAGGAAUGAGAAUAGGUACAGGGCUCUUGAUGAUCACGUUGUCCGCCUCACACUGAGAGAGAAGGUGGAGAAGGUGGGGGUGUUUGUGGAUUAUGAAGAGGGUCUGGUCUCCUUUUAUGAUGUGAACACCAGCUCCCAUAUCUAUUCUUUCACUGAUCAGUCUUUUUCUAUAAUAAAACUCUGUCCAUUCUUUUGUCCUCGGUACAAUGACAAUGGAAAAAAUGCAGCACCACUUAUCAUCACAGCUCUUAGUGAAUAAAUAUCUGCUAUAUAUUGUAGAAAUUUACAAGGUUUUGGACACCUGGGUGUAAACAUCAUUUUGCUUUAAAAACACAAUUGUUUUUGUAAAAUAUGACUAAAAAGACCAACGAAAUGAUAAAUAAACACAGUUGGCGUAGUCAGACACAGGAUUGAAGUAGUCAUACUUAGGAAAGAAGUAGACACAAAAAAGGAGAGAGUGCACUCACACAGAGGAGAGAUGCUUUGCCCCUCUGGGCCACCUUACUCCUGUGUGAGAUAGGCCUUCCUGUGUGUGCAAUGAGGAAAUCCUGUGUGAUCCACUAUGGUCCUGUGUGUGUUUCUGGGAUAAGUUGCAAGCCAAAUGCUAAAGCUAAUGUGCAACCCACCAUGGGAUUGGGGUUUAUGAACAGGAAAUGUGUCAUUAAACACGCAAGUCAUUAACUCCAAGAUCUAUCACGGAAACUACAGUGAAUUAUGAGACAUUCCAGAAUUGGAGGACAUUUUCAGCCCCCCUGUGAAAUCAAGAAUUCAUGAGCAAAAAUGCUAAAUUAUGCACUUGUUGUGUAUAUUAUACUUGCCCUGAGAGAAAAUAUGAAUAUAUUUGCAGA